CAGCGGGAGGGCACUCGGGCGGCCGCGGCGCGAUGGAGGCGCCGGCCGAGCUGCUGGCCGCGCUGCCCGCGCUGGCCACCGCGCUGGCGCUCCUGCUUGCCUGGCUGCUGGUGAGGCGCGGGGCGGCCGCGAGCCCCGACCCCCCGGAGCCCGCGACCCCGGAGUCCGCGACCCCGGCCGAGGCCAGCGGGACGCCCGCGCCUCUCGGCCCCUGCGCGGCGGAGCCGUCAGCCGCGCCCGAGGGGCCGGGGGAACCCACGCCGCCGGACGAGUCCGCGCCGCCGGAAGAGUCCGCGGCGGCGCCGGCGGAGGCGGAGGAGCAGGCCGCCGAGGAGAGGCAGGAAGAGGAGCCGGAGCUGGAUGGCGUGGAGGGUCCACCCCUGGCAGGGCCGGAGGAAGAAGACGGGGGAGAGGCCUUCUCCUUCAAAUACAGCCCCGGGAAGCUGAGGGGAGACCAGUACAAGAAGAUGAUGACCAAGGAGGAACUGGAGGAGGAACAGAGAGUUCAGAAAGAACAGCUGGCUGCCAUCUUCAAGCUCAUGAAGGACAACAAGGGCACGUUUGGCGAGAUGUCGGACGGCGACGUGCAGGAGCAGCUCCGGCUCUACGACAUGUAGGGGCCUCUGCCCGGCAAGACGCCGCCACGGCUGGGCCGUGACUCUGCCCCGACCCGGGACCCGAGCCCGUGCCACUCUCAGACUUUUGGAGGCUUCAUUUUAUCUUGUAUACGUAGAUGCAGAGGUAGAUCAUAUACAGAGUUGCUCAGUUCUUGCAAUUUCGAUAUCAUGUCAUAGGAAUCAGGACUGUUGUCUUCAGAGAAGAAAAAUCCCCGACUUGUUUGGCUUCUGCCUGCUGGUGAGCUCCCAGCUGUCACAUGGGCUCCCCUCCGAGGCUGUCAUCUGAUCCAAAUCAGACCUUCCGUGUAGAUCCUGAGCAGGCAGCGGCCCAGAAGGGCUGGCUCGAAGCCUCCGCAGCCCCAGCACAUGGUGUGGAAAGGACUCAGGGGUGCUAUGGGAUGAGUAUCAGGUACCACUGCCCAAGCAUCCAGUCUAAUAACACUACACCUUCUUCCUUAGAAGGAUUUCUGGACACUUCUGUAACUGUAUGGAAGCAAGCAGUAAGGGAGCAUCCCUAAAAAGCAAAAACUCUGAUUCAAAGACUCACCUUCAAUCCUGGACCAAGCAACAGUAUCAGAGUUAAGACCCUCUAAGUUUCUCUUAUUUAAGCGUGAGACUGACUUUAUAUAUAAUUAAGACUUCUAUGAGUGCUUAUCACACACCUAGACCUGUGCUAGACACUGUCAAUGGAAAUAAAAUUCACAACACAGUCCUACCUUUAGAGAGAUUAAAGUCGUGUGGAGGGGAAUUCCCUGGUGGUCCAGUGGCUAGGACUCGGCGCUUUCACUGCUGAGGGUGCGGGUUCAAUCCCUGGUCGGGAAACUAAGAAGCUGCAAGGCGUGGCGCGGCCAAAAAUAGAUAAAUACAUAAAAAUAAAGUCCUUUGGAGAAGCCAGGCAUGUGUGCAGGAAAAGAGAACCUCACAAGUCAGCAUUCAAUAAAAUGCCAAAAUGACCUCAGAGAGAGUCUGGGCCACCUUAGCAUAUCAGUAAAGUUCAGUGAGUCUGUGAGUGCAUGACGACGGAAAUAACAGCGAUUCUUCAGUUCCGCCCAGGUCCUGUAUCUGAUCACCCCACUGGCAGAAAAACUCAUAGCAAGCUGAAUUUAGGAGGGUACGCUAAAGGGACAACCUAAGAAAGUUCUUGAGAAUAUUUUUUAUUUGCUGAAAUACAACUAAACACACGAAAUUAAAAGAAGCAGUGGCGUUUUACGUACCACAAUUUAAUAAUGAUCACGGGAUCACAGUGAACCUUCUGUCAUCCUCUCUUGCUUUUUAGGGUUUUUCCCAGGACUCCCCUGCAUCCCUGUAACUGCUUUUGCUUCUUUGCUGACAAUCCCUAGGAGGAGGGUCUGAUCUGUGUGUCUGUUGUUAUAUCCAAAUGUCGGUUCUUUUUUUCAAAAAUAUUUUUAUCGUUUUUGUUACUGCUUUUUAAAAAUGUUAUGAUUUAAGUAUUGUUUGUUUCCCUCUCUCAGGUCCCAAGGACCCCCCUGGGUGGUUUUUUAUCUCCCUGCCCCUAAAUGCAUGUCAGCAGAACUUGCGCUGCCCUGUAGCCACUUUAUAUCUCUUUCUUCACCUCCUUCUUCCAGUCCUUCUCUGAUUAUACGAAACAAACAGGAACGACCCGUGGGUACAUGAGUCCAAAUUCUCAUGGCCACAGGAAAAGUAAACUGAAGGAACUUUUCUAUACUUGGUUCACCUAAGAUGUUCCAACUGCACAGAACUGAAAACUCCAACUCAAUUGUCUUAAACAAAAGUUGAAUUAGGGCACGGGAGGAGUCCAAAGGAAGAAUGCCUGUAGGUCCAUUAGGGUCAGGGCCCAAGCUAUAUUUCUCUUAACUUGGUCUUCCUUGCACUGUGGGCUUUUGUCACAGACCAGCUCUCCUCAUGGUUGCAAGAUGGCUACAGGAGCUCAGAUAUCACAUCCAGGAGCAGGAAAAGGGCCAUAUCUUCUUUGUAUCCUAGGAGUGAGGGAACCAAUUCAGGUGCACCCUCCCCUUUUGGGUCCCGAUUGGCCAGAAUGUCAUGUGUCCAUGCCUUCACCAGUCACUAGCAAGGAGAUGGGACCACCAUGAUGGGCUGAGAUGCCUGGGGCUGGGGCUGGCAUCCCCUGAACACUUAGCCAUCCAGAGGAGGGGGCCACUGGACCUCACUGGGGCUCUGUGAGAAAGGAGUGGGAGGGAUGGGUACUGGGUAGACAGGACCUGUCACCGGGUGGGGACUUGGAAGCCAGUGUCUGGAGUGCCCAGAACAUGUGACACUCUUCCUGGGUGGUGGUUCUGUUGCCCAGGUUCCGGGCCUCUGAUGCUUUGUGGAAGCACUGCUGGCUUGCUAACAAUUGUUGGGCAGCUCUGAUGCCAUUUCCAGAUAAGCUCCAUCUUCUGUUCAUAUGAUUUCUGUCACUUCAUCUGCUUCACUGGCACACCAGUGGCCAGAAGAGUCCUCUUAAAACAAAACCCAUCUGACACCCGUAUGUCCCACCAGAUCUCGGUAUUGCUACUAGUCAGGAAAAUCAAAGCAACUUCGAAAAAAUGUACCUGCAGACUCAGAACUUGUUCUUAAAAGUUCCCGAGGGGCUUCCCUGGUGGUGCAGUGGUUGAGAGUCCGUCUGCAGAUGCAGGGGACACAGGUUCAUGCCCUGGU